ACGGCUCCAUCACUUGAGUUGGGUCUCUGUUUCCUCUAUCUCUUCAGCUCUCUCUCUCUACUCUCUAAAUUUUGGCUGUAUAUUUGUGAAUGAAAUUGAUCGGCUUCGUUCUAUCUGGCUCAAGCAGACUCAGAUCUCAAGCUCUCAGCUCACUCCCCUCUCUUCAAAUAACUAACUUUCUACUUCCCUUCCCUCCAUUUCUUCCCUCUCCUUGCUCCCUACUAUCUUCUCUGCAACUCUCCUCGCCUCUUCCCUCUACAACUCUCUCUAUCUCUCUUCCUCCCAACAAAUAAUUCUCUCUCUCUCUCUCCCACGAAAUGGAACUUAUGGCUCCUCUGGUGCAGCUGCCCAGAAGGGAAACCUUGAAUUUCUGAGGUUCUAGGCUCUAAUUUAUCUCUGCAACUGAAGCUGCAGACAACUGGAGCAUCUUUCAUGAAUUUUCAGGCAGGAGCAAUGAGUGGAAAGGCUGGGGUUGGGAAUGUGAUGGAUUCUUGGAGUUUUAACAGUGCUUACAAAUCCAUAAAAGAUAUUGAACCCAAAUCUAUCACUGUAGUAGAUGCCUCAGUCCUUCCAAGCAUGGAUGCUAUGGAUAUUGGACUGGGAUCUUCAGAGAAGGGAAAUGCCAAUGUCACUCCAAGACCAAGGAAAAAGACAAUGACGUCUGUUUAUCUCAAGUAUUUUGAGACAGCUCCAGAUGGGAAAACUCGGAGAUGUAAAUUCUGUGGACAAAGCUAUUCUAUUGCAACUGCUACUGGCAAUUUGGGAAGGCACCUUGCCAAUCGCCACCCAGGAUAUGAUAAAACAGGGGAUUUUGUGGGCAAUACCAUUCCAGAACCAGUCACAGUUACUAAGAAACCUCAGCCUCAAGCGAAAUCACCUCAGUUUGAGCUUGAUCAUUUGAACUGGUUGCUUAUCAAGUGGCUCAUCUCAGCAUCUCUCCCUCCAUGUACUGUGGAGGAGAAGUGGUUAGUGAAUUCCCUAAAAUUUAUAAGCCCAUCAAUACAACUUUGGUCAGGAGAGAAGUUCCAAACAGUACUGCGUGAAAUUUUUAGAAGCAUGCGGGAAGAUCUUAGGGUGCUCUUGGACCAAAUUUCUUCUAAGAUCUCCAUAGCUCUUGAGUUCUGGACUUCUUAUGAGCAGAUACUUUAUAUGAAUGUUACAUGCCAGUGGAUAGAUGAAAACUGGCUGUUUCAGAAGGUCCUCCUUGAUGUUUCUCGCAUACCUUGCCCUUGUGGGGGUCCUGAAAUCUAUCAUGCUCUGGUGAAGGUCCUCAAGCUCUAUAACAUUGAGAACAGAGUCCUUUCUUGCACCCAUGAUAAUAGUUCAGUUGCUGAUCAUGCAUGCCGUACACUUAAAGAUGACAUGGAUAACCAGAAAAUGAACCACUUUUGCUAUCUUCCAUGUGCUGCUCAUGCUAUGAAUUCAAUUGUUAGUGAUGGAUUAAGAAGUACAAAGUCAAUACUCUCCAAAAUUAGGGAAUUUGUGCUUCUGACAAAUGCGUCUUUAGAAAUUUCAGAGGAAUUCACUCAUUUCUGCCUUGCUUAUCAAGAAGGAAACUGGAAGAUCCCUCUCGAUGCCUCAACUCGUUGGAGUGGUAAUUACCAGAUGCUUGAUAUAGCGUGCAAGGCAGUAAAAUCAAUGGAAACUGUUGUUCGGAAGUAUGAUGAAGAGCUCGGCAGUAGGCUGCUGCUUAGCACUGCAGAGAAGAAUGCUGUCAAUAUCAUGCAUGUGUAUUUAGAACCAUUUUACAAGACCAUCAAUAACAUUUGCACCAACAAAAUGCUAACUAUUGGAUUGGUUCUUUUCUUCAUGGAUCACAUUUCUGAAAUGAUUUCAACCUGCAUAGAAUCCCGGCAUAGUCCUGAUUGGCUCAAGAGUGCUGCUGAAGACAUGUCUACGCAUGCCCGGAGCUAUAACGACCAAGUCUGCAAUGUAUUCAUAUACAUGACUGCCAUUCUUGAUCCACGAAUAAAGGUUGAACUCAUUCCUGAAAGUCUCAUUUCCGAUAAUUAUUUGGAGGAAGCAAGGAACUAUUUCAUCAGAAAUUACUCUACCAGCCCCUAUUCAUCCAUAUCCAGUUAUGUUGCUCAAGAGCCCGAAGAUGGAGGGACAGUUUCUUUUGCUGAAGAGAUUGCUCGUAAGAAACGAAGGGCUAGCAUGCCAUCUGCAACAGAUGAGCUCACCCGGUAUUUAUCAGAGCCGCUUGCUCCAAUGCCUACAGAUGUCCUGGAGUGGUGGAAGGUAAAUGGCACAUGCUAUCCACGGUUGUCGUUGAUGGCUCGGGAUUUUUUAGCAGUACAGGCAACUGCAGUGGCACCUGAAGAGCUAUUCUCUAGCAAAGGUGUUGAGAUUGAUAGGCAGCGGUUUGCUACAUCACAUGAGACUGCUCAAAGUAUGCUUUGUGUGAAGUCAUGGAUUGAAGGAGGCUUCAAACUGAUGUACAAAUCAACCGAGAUUGAUUAUGAGAGGUUGAUGGAACUAGCAGCUGCUUCGGCAACUGAUAAUCCCUCCACAGUGUCUGGCAAGAAACAUAAAUGACAAGCAAUCAAUGUGAGAGGACAACACUGAAAUGGAAUUCAUGUUCAUAUAUUACAAUAUUUAUUAACACUCAUGUUGAGGAAGGGGUUUCUUUGGUACUAUGCAGAUUGGUGAGCCAUUAGCAUACUGGUUUGACAGGUAGAAAGAAAACUAACCAUGAAAAGUGGUUUCUUUGAGCUUAUAGGAUGUGUAUUUUGGGUCAAAAUUUUAUUUCUUUUCUUUUUUUUUUUCAUUUUUUAAGUAUCUAACAAAAUAGUGGCUUACAUCUGUUUUCCAACUUCCAAGGCAAAGUUUGUAUGUGCCCAGCAAGGGUUUAUGAUCAUAAAUCCAUGUUUUAAUUUAUCUGUGCAAAUCCUUCUCCCGAUUACAGUUUA